UGUCAAAAUAAUUUUGAGUAUUUUUCAUUCUUGCAUAGCCCAUAAGCAUUCCACUAGUAGUUCUUGAAGUUAAUUGGAAAUUACAAAAAAAAUUUCAAUUUCACUAAAAUAUCGACAGUCGAAUAUAAUUUGUAGAUAAUACAAAAAAAUAAUGACCAACGUCCUUCGAAAUGUAUCAACUUUGCGAUUGGUAUCAUUUAGCAAUACAUUACUACGACAAAGAAUUCUUUAUCCAAUCACCACCAAUGUCAGUGAUAUGGAAAGAAGAAGGAAUUUACACUGUCGAGGAAUUGAGCCAAUAAACACUCCUUUGCCCUUUAAGAUAAGUCCACUAGUCAAUUUUGGAACUGAACCUGCGACAAAACCUGUUACAGAAAAAUUAUCCUCGGAUGUUCUGGAGAGUAGCAAAUUAGUAAAAGAAUCCCCCGGACAGUCGAAUGAUUCAAAUAAACCAACUCAAGAGCAGUUAGAUCAUGUCUUCAAUGUGCUGCGAAAUACUCUGCCAACAUUAUUUAUUCAACCAAUGGACUAUUCGGUUUAUAGUCCGAAUUUAAUUUUUGAGAAUAAUAUUAAAGGAAAGCACACAGUAGGCCUAUAUCAUUAUGUAAAGACAGUUGCCUUACUACGAACAGUUGGUCAUUUGAAGUAUGCCUAUGUUAAGUUGGAAGUUCUAAAAAUUACAAAACACCCAGAAGAUAAUUCGGUGAGGAUACGGUGGAGUGUUCGAGGUAUUUCGGGUUUGAAGGUGAUGUUCCAAUUUUGGAAGGUUAAACUAUGGAAGUUUAAGGAAAUUCUGGACCAACAAGAAGCAUGGUACGAUGGGUUCUCUACUUGUUAUGUAGGACCAGAUGGCCUUAUUUAUAAGCAUGUUGCCGACAGAGUGAUGCCGGAUCAAAGCAAAGAAGCUAAUACAGUAAUUAAAGAUUCACCUUUGGCAGCAGCAUCUGUUGCAGCUACUGCAGCACCAAAAGUUGCAUUCGUGAUUGGUUUAACUACUGACAUCUCGACUUGUAUAACGUAAAUUAAACUAAACUAAACAUGCUUAAAAAACAUUAUGUAUCAAUGUUCACUAUAUUUCGCCUAAGUUACUUGAAACAAAAAAAAACAUGUAAGUUUGUCAGAGAUAAACAACAACAACCACAUCAACCACAGAGUCAAUCGUUAUAAAAUAAUUUAUGUUCUCUUUUUAGGAAAUAGCUACUAUUUAAUAACAAAAUAAAUCGAUAUUGUUAACAGUU